UUUGCCGGUGCUGGAGCCGCCAUUGGAGCCGGCUUGGCUUGCGGGCUCCGCUGCGGAGCGGGAGGUUGGGCCUCAGUUAAAGUCGCGUCGGCUCCUGGUCCCUGGCCCUUCAGCGGCAUGGCGUGCGGGGCGACGUUGAAGCGGCCCAUGGAGUUCGAGGCGGCGCUGCUGAGCCCCGGCUCCCCGAAGCGGCGGCGCUGUGCCCCUCUGCCCGGCCCCACUCCGGGCCUCAGGCCCCCGGACGCCGAGCCGCCGCCGCUGCUUCAGACGCAGACCCCACCGCCGACUCAGCAGCAGCCCGCCCCGCCCGGCAGCGAGCGGCGCCUUCCAACCCCGGAGCAAAUUUUUCAGAACAUAAAACAAGAAUAUAGUCGUUAUCAGAGGUGGAGACAUUUAGAAGUUGUUCUUAAUCAGAGUGAAGCUUGUACUUCGGAAAGUCAGCCUCACUCCUCAGCACUCACAGCACCUAGUUCGCCAGGUUCCUCCUGGAUGAAGAAGGACCAGCCCACCUUUACCCUCCGACAAGUUGGAAUAAUAUGUGAGCGUCUCUUAAAAGACUAUGAAGAUAAAAUUCGGGAGGAAUAUGAGCAAAUCCUCAAUACCAAACUAGCAGAACAAUAUGAAUCUUUUGUGAAAUUCACACAUGAUCAGAUUAUGCGACGAUAUGGGACAAGGCCAACAAGCUGUAAGUAUUGCCAAGUUUUUCAUUGAAUUUUUCAACUUCCAAGAGCAAGAUUUUGACACUGAGUACCUUGUCUCCUGAGAGCAGAAAGCCCCUGUGAAGUAAAAUAAUAGGUAACAUUUAAAGAAUACUUAUAUGUCCAGCACUGUGCUAAACCCUUUAAAUCCUCACAAAGUUUAUUUAAUCCACAAUUACCUGUUGGGGAGGAACUAUUCCUAGUCCCAUUUUACAGGUAAGGAUAGCAUUUAAAGAAUUUAAAUAAUUUGUCCAGGCUCAUACAGCUAGUGGUUCAGCCAGGAUUAAAACCCCAGGUGGUCUGACUUCAGUGCCAAUUUGUUUAAUACCUGGCUUUUCCCUCAGAAAGGUAGUUUCAAUUGUUUAUUUAUGAAAGUUGAGUCCUUAAGCUAGUUUAUCAAGUGUGUGGUCAGAAUUUCUUAAUUCUAAACAUCUUGCAACUACCCGUUACUCAAAACAUAAAUUAUAAAUAGCUGUAUAUGUAAACUGAAUCUGAGUCAGGUUUCUUAAAUUCUUGCGAAUUUAAGACCUCUUUAGUGGUGAUUGAUAUCCUCUACUGUUUAUCACAUUUACCGUUAGUUAAUAUUUAAAAAGCAUGACACUAUA